AUGAAUGGGAUAUUUGCUAUUGAGAAACCUAGUGGUAUAACAUCUAAUCAGUUUAUGCUAAAGUUGCAGCAUGCUUUAACUAAAAGUCAAGUAUUCUCGAAAGAAAUUCAAAGGGCAACAGCAGAAAGAAAGCAGCAAUAUGAAAAAGAGACAGGUAAGAAGGCCAGCAAGAGAAAACUGCGUAAAGUCUCGAAGGUAAAGAUGGGACAUGGAGGGACUCUGGAUCCGUUAGCUUCUGGCGUCCUCGUAAUUGGUAUUGGAACGGGUACCAAAAAGCUGGCAAAUUAUCUUUCAGGCACCAUCAAAGUUUAUGAAAGUGAAGCCUUAUUUGGUGUUUCCACUACUUCAGGAGAUGUAGAAGGUGAAAUUCUGUCUCAGAGCUCCGUUAGGCAUUUGAAUUUCGAUGAUUUAAAGACUGUGGAGGAAAAAUUUGUUGGACAACUAAAGCAGACGCCGCCAAUAUACGCAGCUUUGAAGAUGGAUGGUAAACCCCUGCAUGAAUAUGCUCGGGAAGGAAAACCUUUACCCAGGGCCAUUGAGCCCAGACAGGUUACUAUUUAUGACUUGAAGGUGUUCCCAGACUCUCUUAAACGUGAUCAUGACUAUCCCUUAUUGAGGCCCACUACAGAGGAAGCUGUUGAUACCGUAAAAAACCUGAACGCAAACAUGCUAAACGAUGUCUUAUACUUUUCAAAAGAAUAUACUGAGAAGCACGGCCUGGAUUCUGAAGUGGCGAAAGUGGAAGAACCAUUCCCACUGAGUGAGCAAGAGGAGCAGGAGAUCCAGAAAGAAGGAAAUUCCUAUAGGGCUCCAAAAUUGCACUUCAAAGCUAAUGUAUCUUCUGGAACAUAUAUUAGAUCCUUAGUAAGUGACAUUGGUAAAUCUAUGAGGAGCUCAUGUUACAUGGUAAAAUUGAUACGUUUGCAACAGCAGGACUGGUCUCUUGAGAGAAAUAAUGUGUUCCAACUAAGGGAUUUUACUGACAGAGACGAAAAGGUGUGGAGCAAGGUAUUGGAAAAGGUUCUAGACGAAGGAGCAACUGUUGAUGUCAUAGAAGAGCUAAAGAAAGCAGAAAAGGAAGUACCAAGUGACGUGAAGGAAAGUACAAUUCCCGACGAUCAAUCCGGAAAUGGGGCCUCGACCGAAUCAACAGAAACUGCUAACGUCGAAGAGCAGCACAAUGCACUCAAGAGGAAAAUCGAACAAGUGCAAGAAAGAUGA